GCUCCACUUCAGUGCACCAAAUUGACGUCCCUUCUCUCGCACCCUCGAUCUCCCCGCCCGGAAACCCUGGAGCGUAGUGUUAGAUCUCUCCGAUCCAAUGGAUUACUCCGGAUUGCCGGCGGACAUACUAGAAAAGCUAGUAACCCAGCACUUGAACGCCAUCUCUCACUUGCUCUCCUUCUCCGGAGUGUGCAAAUCAUGGAGAUCCGCCGCUCUCCCACACUGCCACCGCCGCCGGCUCCGAUCCAUGCAGCUUCCUGGCCUCCUCUUCUCGCAAGCCGCCGCCAUCCUGCCGGAAUCCCCCGCGCCCUCACGCUACUGCGGGCCACCACACGACUUCCUUCCCCUCAUCAUCACCGCCACCAUGCAGCCAGCUCCAUCGCCAACUCCAACAAGCACCAAGAGCAAAAGAAGGAGAAAGCGGCUGCCGCGGGUGAUGCUCCCUCACUUCCCAUCCCUAUCCCAAGUAUCCCACCUCCAACGCGAAUCGGAGCGCCACAAAAAGAUGGACCUCGACUUCGACGACAUCCCUUACCUCGG